AGUUGUGGAUACAAUGUUUAAUUUUUUCUCCUUAACAUUAUGUUAAAUAUGCUUUUUUCAGUGGAAGCAUGAUAGUGAUAGAGAUGAUUUUUUAAAGACAUUGGUAAAGAAAUCAUUGUGCCCUAAAAUCUUCUCAAACCCUAUUGUAUUCUACUGGCGUAAUCCUCAAUUUGAAUCAGUUCUCUUAAAUUUACAGCACCUCUGGCAAGCAAAUCCAGAUUGUGCCCUUAUAUAUUCACACAAAAUAAUGAAACUAUUUUCCCGAUUUAGAACAAUAAGUAGAGAAGAAGUGGCUAAACAUAAUACGCUUCACUCACUGUGGAUGAUUUAUGAAGGAAAUGUUUUGGAUUUAACAAAAUUCGUGCCUAAUCAUCCUGGUGGUGAAAGAGUAAAAUAUUCAAAAAAGGUAUUUAAUAUUGUUUCGCGAGACGGUGCAGUUGUGCAGUCACAUAUCAUAUCUGCCCAACAUCUGCCUCUUCUUGAAAACGCUGGCACCGAUGGUACUUUGAGAUUUAAAAAUGUUCUUCAUUCGAAGGAUGCAAUUAAAAUGACACGAAAUUAUAUAAUUGGCACAUUACACGGAAAAAAUUCCUACUUUUGUACAUUGAUCACUGGAUCGCUACUGGCUAUCGCUACUGCAAUAAUAUUCUUCAGAUUCGUUUUAAAACUUACAACCCAGAUGAAAUCAUUUAUAUAUAAAUGA